UUGUGCUUGUAAAUGUGAACAUAUAUACAUGGUCAUGGAGAUAGAAAUAUCAUCAACAAUAGCAAGAGAUGUGGAGGUUGGGGAAGGAGCGGCGGCAUUCCUAGCGUGGGAGGACUUGACGGCCCUCCUCCCCAACUCCGGCAAUGGCCCCACCAGAAGGUUGCUCAAUGGCUUAACCGGUUUUGCCCUUCCCGGCAGAAUCAUGGCCGUUAUGGGCCCUUCCGGCUCCGGCAAGACCACCUUUCUUGAUUCUCUUGCAGGAAGACUUUCAGGAAACGUGGUAACUUCUGGGAACGUUCUUCUCAAUGGAAAGAUAAAAAAGUCUCUUCACUAUGGCAUUGUUGCUUAUGUAAGCCAAGAAGACGUGGUUUUAGGGACUCUAACAGUGAAAGAAAGCAUCGCAUAUUCAGCUUCCCUGAGGCUUCCCAGCAGUGCCACCAAGCAAGAGACUGCGGAGCUAAUCGAAAACACCAUCGCCGAAUUAGGAUUGGAGGACUGCGCUGAUCACCUCAUCGGAAACUGGCAUUUGAGAGGGAUCAGCGGCGGCGAGAAGAAGCGGCUGAGAAUCGCCCUCGAGAUCAUAACGCAGCCGCACCUUCUCUUCCUCGACGAGCCUACCACCGGCCUAGACAGCGCCUCCGCCUUCUUUGUCGCGCAGUCUCUCAGAAGCAUCGCCCGCCGCCGCAGAACCAUCAUCACCACCAUUCACCAGCCAAGCACUGAGGUUUUCUCUCUCUUUGAUGAUCUCUUGCUGCUCUCCUCCGGCCAAACCGUCUACUUUGGAGAGGGCGCACCCGCACUUGAGUUCUUUGCUGAAGCGGGAUUUCCAUGUCCGCAGACGAGGAGCCCUUCCGAUCAUUACCUUCGCUGUAUCAACGCAGACUUUGACUACGUUAAGAUAGGAUCGCAGAGGAUAAUAGGAACCCAAGAUAUGCAUUUAACCACAGCAGAGAUCAGAGCCAAGCUUCUACACAAAUACCAAAAUUCCAAACUCGCUGAAAGAGUCCGAGCAAAGAUCAAACACUUCUCUGUUACUGUGAGUAUUUCAAUCACAAAUCUGACUAAAGGGCGUGUUUUCCUGAGCUAUAUAUACAUACAUGGAUUGGUGCAGCAAGGAUUAGUGCAUGAGGAAAUUAGUAGAGGGAGCCAUGCAAGAUGGAGGAAGCAACUUAUGGUUUUGAUAAAGCGGUCGUUCACAAACAUGUCUCGAGAUUUUGGGUAUUACUGGCUUCGAAUUCUGAUCUAUAUUAUGGUGUCUCUUUGUGUGGGUUCAGUCUUCCACGAUGUUGGAUCUGGUUAUCAUGCUAUUAUGGCUAGAGGAGCAUGUGGUGGCUUUGUCUCUGGUUUUAUGACAUUCAUGGCCAUUGGAGGCUUCCCAUCAUUCAUCGAAGAAAUUAAGGUAUUCAACAAAGAAAGGCUCAACGGACAUUAUGGUGUAGGAGUGUACAUACUAUCUAACUUCAUCUCUUCGUUUCCUUUCUUGAUUGUGAUGUCAUUCAGUUCUGUGUGUAUUAUAUACUUGAUGGUGAAGUAUCACCCUGGCUUCUCCCACUUCAUGUACGCUUUCAUCGACCUUCUUCUCUCCAUCUCCGUCGUUGAGAGCUGCAUGAUGGUGGUCGCCGCCCUCGUCCCCAAUUUCCUGAUGGGAGUCGUUGUCGGCGCAGGUUUCAUUGGCAUCAUGAUGGCUACAGCUGGUUUUUUCCGACUGCUUCCUGAUCUUCCUUUGAUAUUUUGGAAAUAUCCCAUCUCUUACAUCAACUACAUGGCUUGGGGCCUACAAGGGGCCUAUAAAAACGACAUGAUCGGGAUGGAGUUCGAGGGUCCAGUUGAGGGGCAACCGAAGCUAAAGGGGGAAUAUGUUCUAAGCUCAUUGCUAGGAAUAUCUCUACACCACUCAAAAUGGUGGGAUUUGGGUGCCGUUGCAGUCAUUUUGGUAGCCUACAGAUUGUUGUUCUUCAUAAUACUCAAGUUGAAGGAGGGAGCGAUGCCUGUGUUUCAUACUUACUAUACAAAGAGAACUCUUCACCAUCUCAGGCGCCGGCCUUCCUUUCGGAGACCGCUGCCUUUCCCUUCUUCUCCCAAGAGGCAUUCAUUGUCUUCUCAAGAGGGUCUCAACUCCCCACUUCACUCAACCUAGCUCCCACUUUCUUAUUAACAUUAUUUAGUUUUUAAUGCAUGUAACACUUCCCUCUCUUUUAUAUAUUACAUUAUAUAUAUAAUAUGCAGAUUAUAAUUUUCUUA